UGAUCGCUCCGUGGUGCUGUGUUGAGUUGGAGACGGUAGUGUAAUUUAUUUACAUCUCCUACCUUCGUGUUUGAAUUCCUGACAUUUUAUAGCCUCCAGGACUCAUCUCAGCAAGAAUGACAGACCGCUACAACAUCCACAGUCAGCUGGAGCAUCUUCAAUCAAAGUAUAUCGGCACAGGACACGCCGACACCAGCAAGUGGGAAUGGCUGGUCAAUCAGCAUCGUGAUUCCUACUGUUCCUACAUGGGACAUUUUGACCUGCUGAAUUACUUUGCGGCUGAGAACGAGAGUAAAGCGCGUGUUCGUUUCAACCUGAUGGAGAAGAUGCUUCAGCCAUGUGGACCACCAGCAGAUAAACCUGAUGAUGCCUAGAUCACACUGGAGUGAGCAGUGGAUGCUUUUUGUUAGAAACAAAAAAUAUUCCAGCUAAAACUGCUACUGCAUCCUUGUUUGACUCCACCAUUACUGGAUUCGUUGUGUACU